AUGAAUGGAACUGGAACGAGGAGAAGCUACGACAUGGACCCCGCGCCUUUAUCCCCGUUUCGAGACGUCAAGCCGAGUCCCCGGGCAAUGGUCAACGGGUACAGAGAGGAGGUCAUGGAUGGGUUCGAGACACGGCGGCCAAAGUACAACCCGAUGAACGCCGACCGAACGCAGAGCUCGCCUCUAGUGGACCUGAAAGACCCGAUCCAAGUGCACCUGCUGACGGAGACGGCGUUGGCCGACAGCCGGGAGUGGGAGAUUUUGUCGCAGGAGGAAGUGGACGGCCUGAAGAAGCAGGUCCUGUCGCUGACACAGCGCAUCGAGCAGACGCGGGCGAACCUGGCGAUCCAGUCCAAGUACCGUGAUGCAGCCAUCUCGAUGACUAAGCUGUACUCGCCGGGGAAGCGACGCAGCAUCCUGGGCAACCGAGACAGCGGGGGCGAGGCGGUGCGUGAGGCGGAGGCAGAACGGGCCACGUGCGAGCGGCGAUGCGAGGAGCUGGCGUCAGAGCUGUUCGCGCUGGAGAAACGAAUCAUGGAGCCGCAGCGGCAGCUGUUGCAGCACACGGCCGGGAUCCUGCAGCUCACGCACAAGGCGACAGCAAGGCGGCAGGUGACACCGGCGAACACACACACGAUCAACGGCAUCCCGGGCAGCCCUGAGAGCCUGUACACAUAUUCCAACGGGCGGGAGAGCAUGGACUUGAAUGCUAUCCCAGACGGCCUGGACGAGCGCGGACUGUACCUGCCGAUUGGGCUGGAGCAGCAGUUGAGCCAGCAGUCGGCGACAAACCUGAUCAAGAUCCCGCAGAAGUCGCCUGUUCGCAAGGAGACAAAGGAGCUGCGUGACGAGACGACGCGGCUGCAGACGGAAUGCGAGCAGCUGCAGGCGUUCAACGACUCACUGGGCCAGGAGCUGAACGCACUACAGACAGAGAGCAGCGAGCGGCAGCAGGUGGUGGCUAACGCCGAGCAGCAGAUGGGGCACAUUAACGAUCGGCUCCGCGAGGUGGUAAUCCAGCUCGAUCCGGAAAAGUACAACGGGUUCCAGACGCCUCCGCCUGCGAGCGACAGCAAGGCGGGUGCUGGGCUGAUCGACCAGCUGCAGUACUUGGACGAAACUCUACAGACGAUAGAGGGCGAACGGGAGAGGCUGGUGUCAGCGAACGCAAGACUGACCAAGUCAGAGGCGCUGUUCCAGCAGAUCGAAGAGCAGAUGGCCGCGAUCAACGGGCAGAUUCAGCAGAUGCUGUCGGUCAAGAGCGGCGGCGACGAUGACGACAGCAGCCUCGCUCCGGUGCCGGCCAUUUACAGCACAGACUCGGAAGGAGGAGCGGAGGCGGGUGUCGACGAGCAGAUAAAUUGGCUGCAGGGAGCUAUACCGGUGCUGGAGUCGGAAAUGGGGCGGGCGGGAGAUGCGUCGGUCACUCGGCAGACCGAGCAGGAAUCGACAGAGCGGAUCAACACGGUGCUGAGCGGACUCUGGGACAUCAUGCAGACCGGGCUGGUGGAGCUGCAGCGGCAGCGAGCAGAGCGAAAGGCGUUACAGGCGCAGCGAGGCAUGGUAGCAGACGACGGCGACGAGGACGUAUCGGGCGACGAGUCACCGAUGGGCGUGGACGAGCCGUACUCGCUGGAGGCGUUUUCGGCAGAGGUGCAGUGGCUGCACGAGCAAACGACGAAGCUGCGGGAACACAAGUCGGUGCUGAAGCGGCAGGUCAAGCAGCAGCGGGAGCUCAACAACAAGUCGGAUGCACAGAAGGAUGAGGAGCUGCGCAACAAGGAGAUGCAGGUCGAGGAGGCGCGGCAGGCGACUGAGACAGCACAGGACGAGCUGGCACGGGCGCUGACGGACCUGAACGUGUUGCAGCAGCAGCUCCUCGAGCACACUGAGGCAUCAGCGGCGACGGAGGGUGUGCAGGAGCAGCUAGUCGAGCGAGACAACCGGGUGGCAGCACUGGAGGCUCGCGGCACAGAGCUGCAACAGGCAUUGACGGCAGCUCAGGCAGACGUGGCCGAGAUCGCGACACAGCUGCAGGAGGCAGCCGGGGCAGAGCAGGCGGCACGAAAGGCCGAAGCAGAAGCCAAAGAGGCGGCAGAGCAAGCCCAACAGCAGGCCCAGCAAGCACAAGAGGCAGCACGGCUAGCAUCGCAGCAGGCAGCCCAACAGGCGCAGGAAGCACAGCAGGCAUUGCAGGCGGCCCAACAGGCCCAGCAGGCCCAGCAUACAGAGCUGGCAGACCUUGGCCAGCAGUCGCAGCAGUCGCAAAAGGCAGUGCAGCAAGCUGAGGAGACGACACGGCAGCUGCAGCUGCAGCUGCAGGAGGCACAGGAGGCAGCAGAGCGGGCGAGACGCGAGGUGCAGGGCAAGGAAGAGGAGCUGGAGCGGCUCAACGACAUGGUGGUGGAGCUGAAGACGGAGGCGACGAUUGCCAAGGCAGAGCUGGACGGGGCGUAUGGGUCUCGGCGGCAACGGGCGGCGGACGUGGCAGCGCUGGCCAAAUCGUCAGCAGACGAGGCGCUGCAAGAGCAGCUAGCCGGCCUGAAGGAAGAGCUGGCCGGAACGUUGAAGGAGUACGAGGACCUGACGCGAGACUCGGUGGCAGCCGAGCGCGAAAAGGUCGACCUAGAGGGCCAGCUGGACGAAGCGUUGGCAGCACGGGCGACACUCGAGGCUGAGGCGCGGGCAUUGCGCGAGAAGCUGGACGUCGAGGUGACUGAGCUCAAGGAGCAGCUCGAUGUCGAGAGGCUCAAGGUUGUCAGCAAUGGCGGCGGCGGUGGCGGCGGCACGCGGGCUGGAGCCAGCCUGCUGAGCGACCAAUUCCGGGCGACGAUGAAGGAAGAGCGGAAGAAAUUCCAGGAGGAGCUACGAAGCGAACUGGCACUGAGACGGAAGCUCGAGGAUGAACUCCGGACGCUAAGGCGGGCAGCCAGGCCGGCCAAGAGUCCUCUUAGCCCACAGGUCGACAAGCCGAUAGGCUGA